GUGAUGGAGGGCUCAGCGGGCCAAUGGCUCGUGGAGGGUGGGUGGCGAGAGACCAAUCGGGACUCCUAGAAGGCGGAGCCUGGAGGCUGUGGGCGAGAGGUGGCCGAGGAGGGGGGCGGGGCGGCGAGGCGGCGAGUGUCUGUGGCAGUGGGUCCUGGAAGCUGUGGCGGCCCUGGAACAGUUUCAUCGCCGCGUUUGAACCGGCUCCUGAGCCCGCCUGGAGACACUCCGCCCAGCCUUCCCCGGGUGCUCAGUCCUCCCUGGCCCCCUCUCGGCGGGAUCCCCCCAACUCUCCUCCCUUCUCGCCGUGAGGGGGCGGCCCCCACCCAGUCAGCCAGCGUUCAGCCCCGGGCUAGCGUCGGGGCGGCGGCCGCCCGGGGAGGGAAGGAAGCCGGCGCGGGCCUGAGAGGAGGUGGCGACAUCGGCGGUGGGCCAGGCCGGGUCGGGCUGGGCCGCGCCUCGGGUCUCUCUUGAGAAGGAGCAGGAUGGAGGAGUUUUUUUACCAGGAAGAUCAAUAAUGGAAUGUGAACAGGACACCGAGUUCCUUUUGAGAGGGUGAAUAUUUCCUGGGCUUUCACCUUCCCUCUUCGACAACAACUACUCCCUCAGGGGAUCGUCUCUUAGAGAUUGGAAGCUGGAACCUGUGCUCUUGUGUCUAUGUGGCUGCAUGUUUAGUAUGCAGAUCCUGCCUCUUUGCUAAUGAGAGGGAGAAUGGGGACCCAGGGCAGCCCUGUGAAGAGCUAUGAUUAUCUGCUCAAAUUCCUGCUGGUAGGAGAUAGUGAUGUUGGAAAGGGAGAAAUCCUGGAGAGCCUUCAAGAUGGAGCAUCUGAAUCCCCCUACGCCUACAGCAAUGGGAUAGACUAUAAAACAACUACAAUUUUACUGGAUGGCAGACGGGUCAAGCUGGAACUUUGGGAUACAUCUGGUCAGGGGAGGUUUUGCACCAUCUUCAGAUCCUACUCCAGGGGUGCUCAGGGAAUUCUUCUAGUGUAUGAUAUCACAAACCGCUGGUCCUUUGAUGGCAUAGAUCGAUGGAUAAAGGAAAUCGAUGAGCAUGCUCCUGGUGUUCCCCGAAUUUUGGUGGGAAAUAGGCUCCACCUGGCCUUCAAGCGGCAGGUACCAACAGAGCAAGCCCGCUCCUAUGCUGAAAAGAACUGCAUGACAUUCUUUGAGGUCAGCCCGCUGUGCAACUUCAAUGUGAUUGAGUCCUUCACAGAACUGUCCCGGAUUGUUCUCAUGCGACAUGGCAUGGAGAAGAUCUGGAGGCCUAACAGAGUGUUCAGUUUACAGGACCUCUGCUGUCGAGCCAUUGUUUCCUGUACCCCAGUCCAUCUUAUUGACAAGCUUCCACUGCCUGUCACCAUCAAAAGUCACCUGAAAUCCUUCUCCAUGGCCAAUGGGAUGAAUGCAGUGAUGAUGCAUGGACGCUCAUAUUCCCUGGCUAGUAGCGGGGGUGGGAGCAGCAGCAAAGGCAAUAGCCUGAAGAGGUCUAAAUCCAUCCGUCCUCCACAGAGCCCCCCACAGAACUGCUCACGAAGCAACUGCAAGAUCUCUUAGCAAAAUAAAGAACUCAGUGAGCGUAAAGACACCCACACCCACCCACCCAUGUACAAAUGUUUGCACAUUCAACUCUCUUAAAAGAAAAAAGAAAAAAAUGGAUCCCACUGUUAUUCCUUGGUUACUCUCUUGCCAGGGUAUUUCACUUAGGGAACGUUCCUGAUGGUGUGCUUGGAGUCUUGGGGUGGCUGGAUCCCAUGUCAUUGGCAGGGAAGACUUGGACCCUACACCCUACCCAGAAAGCUUUGGGAUUUCCUCUUCACUUAGACAAAGAGGGGGUGAAAAAAAAUUAUGCUUGCUGGGAGGGAAAACAAUUUAGCUAGUCUCAAAAGGAAUGGAUUAGUGGAGACUAGAAAGGCAUAGGGUGUGGUGAGGGGAACCCGUGCUAUCGCAUGAACCCAUAAACUCAUAAAUGAAUUGCCGGUGCUAUAGAGGUCCUUGAUUUAAAAUACAAAAAACAAGACUGAAAGGGUUUGGGGUAUGGCAGAUUUGCGGUGGAUAGUACUGCUGUUGCCAAAAGGAAAAAAAAAAAGCUCUUGGGGAGCUGGCUGUUAAGGAUUUUAAAGGAAGCUUUGCCUGCCUUUUUCACUUAUUUAUAUAGAAGUAUAUAUAAUAUCUCACUUUUUUGGGUAAAUUUUUAAAAAGCAGUCAGGGAAACCUUUAUGCAGCCAUGUGAUAAAGCACUGCACUCAUUACUAGUGCAUCUGCUAAGGGGAAAUGAAAACACUUUAAGGAAAGCUAUGAACUGAUACAGGUGUUUUGCAGUAGCAAGUAUUUUUGAUGUUUGAGUACUCUUUCCACAAAGAUAAUAAGGAAUUUACUGUUAAAGCUUGAAAUGUUCUUUCUUUGAAUACACUUCACCCCAGUGGGAAAACAGGACCCCAAUAGGAAGAGGGGGGAAUGCUGACUGGGAGUUUGCUUUGCUUUGCACAUCCUCUGCCUGCUUUUUGGUAGCUGUGUGAACACACCGGGACCCACUUGCUCCUGUGGGUCUCCUCACCUCUGUCGUACAGUAUUGGGUAAUGUGGGCACAGCAAGAGAGUAAAAGCACAGUCACUUGAAGCUGAGAGGUGUGCACUUAGAGAAGCACAGGGCUCGAUUCUGGAGUCAUUUUGGAUUUCAUCUGUUUACAGCUUCCCUAUCUCAUUGGCUCUGCUCCAUCCUCUCAGUUUUCACCCAUCAUAUGUCACUCCCUGCUUCUGAAGGCAUGAGAGCUGCAGCAGGCCUCCAAAUUGAAAGGUUUCACAGAGAGAAAAAAAUCUGGGGGUUGCUCCAGUGUACCUUUAUUUUAACACUUUUCUCACAUGCUCCCAUGACCCAGUCUGUUAUUUUUCUAGGGGAAAUGUGCUGCUCCAAACUGGCCAUGGAAAUCAUUAUCUCAUUAAAUGCAAUGCUGUCUUCACAUUUGUUGCUUAGUAGAUGAAACUUGUGGCAGCAUUUUCCAGAAUGAAAGUCCCUAAGCUAUUUCCAAGUUGUUAAAUACUUGAUUAAGGGAAACCUAGGAGUAGUAGAGCUCCUUUUAUCUUUUGCAGAGAUAGUGAAUCCAUGAUUCUGGACUCUUGUACUCCAUCUGACAAAGAAGUAGACUCUGUCCGUCUUCAUGACUGUAAUUGUGCUUGCCACAUAUUCUUUGUAAAUUAUGCAUAAAAUUGACUUGAUUUUCCCAACAGCCUCAGCAUACUAAUCUAAUACUUUUAUCACUCCUUUUCCUUAAAAAAUAUGCUUUUCUCUGCUGCCAAUCAGAAAAUAGAAUAAGCAUAACAACCAUAUGAAAAAGCCCUACGUCAGUGAAUAGUGUAGUAGUACUCAAGUCUACACAAAGCCCUGGAUGCUGGCUUACAGGCAGGCUAGAUUUGAGUUCUUUGUAAUCUGGUGCACUGUGAACCAAGAGCACCUGUUUUCAAUGCUUAAUAGAUUUGUCAUCAACUCAUUAGAUUCUGUGGAGUGAAUUUAGGAGAUAUAUAUUAUAAAAACCACAGAAAUAGCUUCUUUUGUUUGGUCCAUGAGGACCACUGAAGAUGCCUCCUAAGAACUAAAUGUGCAUCCCAGUCACCAAAAGGCUGGUGACCAAAAAAUCCCAUCCUGUUGUGUUUUGACUCUGACUGCCCUCAGCUUGUGAUUGAUUCUUGUGCUCCUCCCACUACUCUCCCUAAGCCUUUCCUGCCGAGUUCUGUCUCAUCCACAUUUGUGCCUGGGAGGUGUGUUGGGCUUGAGUCACAUCAGUGCUGUAUUCUACCUCUUCCCAAUUCAGUGUUGGUGUGGCCACAAACAGCAGCUGCUCCUACCUUUCCAAGAGCAUAGACAGCACUCGGCAACCACAGACAGCUGGUGGUAGCUGGCCAGGAACAUCCUUCAGUGUAUUAGUUGCAUCUUCAUCUCCUUUCCCUUUCUCCAAAGACUUCAUAACAAAUCCCAAACAUGAAUUUCCCAAAUCAAGUCCCACUGCUUUUUAGAAACCCAUGCAAUUAAUGGGCAGGGUAAAAUAUGCUUAGCAUUUAUGGGCAAAUGGUCUCCUACUGGGCCUUCCUAGGAAAUGAAGGCUGCCAAUAUUUAAGAAUUCCAUAGCCAUCAACUCAUCAAAUUCAGUGGAGCAGAAGACAAUCAUCAUCUUCAAAACCGAAUAGUGAGGGAAACAUGGGCUAAUGAAUGAAUUGGAAUAGCCACGGGAAUUGUUUUUGGAGUUGGGGAGCCUCUUCUGGAACAGAUUCUCUCCCUGCCUCUUGGGGAAUUCUGAGUCGUUAUCAUUCUAUAAUUUUGGGAAACACCCAUCUACUAACUGAUUUGCAGUUUGAUAUGUGGGAACAGGGAUUGGGUUUCUUGCCUUUAUAGCAGCAGAGGGAAAUGAGAUGAUAGUUUAGGCUCAUUAUAACCUCUUUCUCCUGUUUCUGACCCUUUCCCUAGCUUUUCUGUGCUAAAAGUCAAACCUGAAAGAUCCUACAGAUGCUUUGCCAAAAUGGGAUCUAUUCUUUGGAAGUUUCAAACAAAACAAUUGACUUGGGGAUUGGGAGUGGGGUGGCAUGGGGAGGAAAGGUUUGAGGAAUUGAAAGGUUUUGGCAUUUAUGAUAUCAACACUAUUCUUAGGCUGCUGUUUUGACACUUGUACCAUUCCUGUGUUCUAUUUGACUUUUUAUUUCUUUGUACAGUAAAUGUAAUUCAGCUGUGAUAUACAUGUUUUGUUUUAUAUAAAUUAAAGUCUCCUUGUUUUUAAACAACCA